AUGAAGCAUUCAACAGUUAGCAUCAGUGCUUUAAGCGACGAAAUGUUACUUGCCAUUUGGAUGAAACUUAAUAAUGUUGAUGUAUUAUAUUCACUGAUAGGUGUUAAUAAAAAACUCGAUCAAUUAGCUCAAGAUAUUACCUUUACACAAUCUAUUGAUUUGGUGAAAAUAUUAUCAAAUAACAAGAGUAAGUCAAAAACAAAGUCAAUAUUGGAUCGAUUCUGUUUUGACAUAAUACCUCAAAUUCAACACAAUAUUGAAUCAUUGACUCUUGAUCGAUUAUCAAUUGAUCGUGUUCUUUCCAUUGGAAAUUAUAUUAAAUUAUGGAAACUUACUCUUGUUAAUCUUCCACUUAAAAUGGCAUGUCAUAUUUUCAAUGACGAGUCAUCAUUUAUUCAUAUGUUCAAACAUCAAAUUUUGCAUCUUGUCAUAAAGAUUAAUCAUAUAAAAUUUUCAAAAAAACAGCAUGUAGCAGCUACAAAUGUUUUUUCUAAUAUUAUUACUAUAUUCACCAAUCUAAAUCAUUUCGAAUUUGGUUUCGAAGAUCAUUUUGAAUAUUCACCAUUAUCACUUAUUAAUUUAUCAUCUACAAUAUUUUAUUCAACAAGUAUUAGUUAUUUAAAUGUGACGGUACAAUAUUUUAAUGACUGUCUUUGUUUACUUGAUGGACGUUUCACUCAAUUAUAUACAGUUAUUGUAAAGGUUGAAANAUAA